AUGGCGGCGGGGCAACCAGACAGGGCAAUGCUGGCCCAGCGAAUUCAAGGGUUCGGCAAUGUCAACCCGCCGCCUCUGGAGGAGGAGACUGGAGCCACGGUGGCCAAAAAAGCCAUCGGGCGCUUGGGUGACAUGGUUGGCGAAGAGGUGAUGCUAACUGUGGAGGAUUUCAAGGAAAAGGGUGCCGUGGGUGCGGUCAAAGAUGCUGUGGCCGACGCAGGCGACAUUCUCAUCGACGGUGUCUCAGGCAUCAUCGGCUGGAUUCGGGGCGAGCCCCCAGCAGAGGAGGAGAGUGAGAAAGCCGAGGAUGCCACGAAAGCCUUGGCCUAUGGCCCCAAUGGCGCUGCCUACGGCAUCUCCCAGGCCUCUCCGACUGGAGGCAUCAACGCAGUCUGGGUAAUGCCCGAGGAAGCAGACCCACAGGCCAUGGCGCAGCUUGCAGCACAGCAGGGAGGCCGGGCCGUCAACGACCCGCGUGUUCCGAAGAACAUCCAGCCGUACCAGCCGCCUGCCGGCUCGAGAGCGGCGCCGCCUCCAACGAGCUUCAAUCAGCCAAUGCAAGUGCCAGGUGGGCCAGUCAUUGCCCCUUACUCGCCGGCACCGGCGGGCCCUUCCCAUCGACCGCCAUUUGUGCCAGGCCCGAAAAGCACUGCAUUGCCAUGCACGGGUUGA